GCGCGGUGCAUUAUGGAGGAUGAGUCAGGGUCGGGGCACUAAGUCUGGGGCAAGCAGGAGGGAGAGUUAGGAAAUCGCAAGGCGACGGCUGCUGGAGCGGCUUGGAGAUGCAGACGGCUUGGAUGACCCCGAGCGUGGGACGGCAGCUGCUGAGAUUAGGGGGCCGAAGGUCUCAGCCCGGUGCUGUCUUUGGGCAGCCCCAGCCUGGCCUUGCCCUGCGACCCUAUGCCAGUGGCACCACGCAGGCUGUUCCGGACAAAUCGAAUUCUCUCUCGUCUGAUGCUUCAACCAGAGCAAAACCAGCCAACGCGGAAUCUAAGUCCUUUGCUGUGGGGAUGUUCAAAGGCCAGCUCACCACUGAUCAGGUGUUUCCAUACCCAUCCGUGCUCAACGAGGAGCAGACACAGUUUCUCAGAGAGCUGGUGGGGCCCGUGGCCCGAUUCUUUGAGGAAGUAAACGAUCCCGCCAAAAAUGACACUCUGGAGCGGGUGGAAGAAACCACAUUGCAAGGCCUUAAGGAACUUGGAGCUUUUGGUCUACAGGUGCCCAGUGAGUUGGGCGGUGUGGGCCUCUGCAACACCCAGUAUGCUCGCUUGGCAGAGAUUGUGGGCAUGCAUGACCUUGGCGUGAGUGUUACCCUGGGAGCUCACCAGAGCAUCGGUUUCAAAGGCAUCCUGCUCUUUGGCACGAAAGCCCAAAAAGAAAAAUACCUCCCCAAAGUGGCAUCAGGGGAAGCUUUGGCCGCUUUCUGUCUAACUGAGCCCUCAAGUGGCUCAGAUGCAGCCUCCAUCCGAUGCUCAGCUAUGCCCAGCCCCUGUGGAAAAUAUUAUACCCUUAAUGGAAGCAAGAUUUGGAUCAGUAACGGGGGCCUGGCAGACGUUUUCACAGUCUUUGCCAAGACACCAGUUACAGAUGCAGCCACGGGGGUUGUGAAGGAGAAGAUCACAGCUUUUGUGGUGGAGAGGAGCUUUGGAGGUGUUACCCACGGGCCCCCUGAGAAGAAGAUGGGCAUCAAGGCCUCCAACACAGCUGAGGUGUACUUUGAUGGAGUGCAGGUGCCAUCAGAGAAUGUGCUGGGCGAGGUGGGGGGUGGCUUCAAAGUUGCUGUGCACAUCCUCAACAAUGGAAGGUUUGGCAUGGCUGCAACACUUGCAGGCACCAUGAAAACCAUCAUUGCUAAAGCGGUGGAUCAUGCUACUAAUCGUAUCCAGUUUGGGGAAAAAAUUCACAACUUUGGGCUGAUCCAGGAGAAGCUGGCCAGGAUGGCUAUGCUGCAGUAUGUGACUGAGUCAAUGGCUUACAUGUUGAGUGCCAACAUGGACCGGGGAUACACAGACUUCCAGGUAGAGGCCGCCAUCAGCAAAAUCUUUGGCUCGGAAGCAGCCUGGAAGGUGACAGAUGAAUGCAUCCAAAUCAUGGGGGGCAUGGGCUUCAUGAAGGAGCCUGGGGUAGAGCGUGUGCUCCGAGAUAUUCGAAUUUUCCGGAUCUUUGAGGGGACAAAUGACAUUCUCCGGCUGUUUGUGGCUCUGCAAGGCUGUAUGGGCAAAGGAAAAGACCUCUCUAUACUUGGCAAUGCCCUAAAGAAUCCUCUUGGGAAUGCUGGCCUCCUGCUAGGAGAGGCAGGCAAGCAGCUGAGGCGGCAGGUAGGGCUGAGCAGUGGCCUCAGUCUCAGUGGAGUUGUCCACCCAGAGUUGAGUCGGAGUGGUGAACUGGCAGUGAAGGCUCUGGAACAGUUUGCCACUGUCGUAGAGGCCAAGCUAAUAAAGCACAAGAAAGGGAUUGUCAAUGAACAGUUUCUGCUGCAGCGUCUGGCAGAUGGAGCCAUUGACCUCUACAGCAUGGUGGUGGUUCUUUCCAGGGCCUCAAGAUCCCUGAGUGAGGGCCACCCUGCAGCCCAGCAUGAGAAAAUGCUCUGUGACAGCUGGUGUAUUGAGGCUGCAGCCCGAAUCCGGGAGACCAUGGCUGCUUUGCAGUCUGACCCCCACCAACAGGAGCUCUUCCGUAACUUCAAAAGCAUCUCCAAGGCAUUGGUGGAACGAGGUGGCAUAGUCACCAGCAACCCCCUUGGCUUCUAAAUACUUCCAAGUAGGACCUGGCCAGGUCACGUGCCUUCUCUCAAGCCAAAGCCAAGGCCUCCUUCCUAGGGACACUGGUUCUCCCUGAAGGGGGGUUUUGUGAUCUCAGUACUGUGCCUGCUCUCAGGAGCACUUACUGCCUUACAAAUAAUAAAGUUUCUCAUAAGUCAGAAA